UCCAGCCCCGGCUCCGCCUGCGGCUCCGCUCCCGGCUCCGGUCCCAGCAACAAUUCCAGCCCCAUUGCUCCGUGCCCGGCCCCGCGCCCGGCCCCAUCGCUCCCGGACCCGGUGCUGUCCCCAUCCGUUUGUCCCUAUUCCUUCUCUCAUCCCAGUCCCAUCCCCAUCCCUAUACUCAACCCCUGCUCCUGGUCCCAUCGAUCCCAGCCCUGUUCCUGUCCCCAUCCCCGUCCUUGCUGCUAGCUCCAGUGCCAGCCCUAUUCCUGUCCCCAUCCCUAUUCCCGUCUCCUUCUGCACCCCUGCUGCUGUCCCCAGCCCCGACCCCGUCCCCAUCCCUGCUGCCAUCUCCAGCCCCACUGCUCACCCCAUCCCCGUCCCCACCACCACCUCCACCCCCAUUCCUGUCCCUAUCCCUUCUGCUGUCACCAUCCCCACCACUAUUUCCAACCCCAUCCUCACCUCCCUCACCAUCCCCAUUCCCGCUGCUCUCCCCAUCCCCAUCCCCAACCUCAUCCCUGCUUCCGUCCCCAUCCUCAUCUCCAUUCCCACCUCCCUCCCUACCACCAGCUCCAUCCCCACUGCUGUCCUCAUCCCGCCCCAUCCUCGCUCCCAGCCCGCUCCCUGCCGCGCCGUGAGGCUCAGCGGGCGGCCCCCCGCCGUCCACCCCCCCGGCUCCACCAUCGCUCCCAAGGGUGACGAGGACCUUCUGGCACUGGCUGCCUCUCGGCUGAGCCGCAGGAAACGCGUGGCCGGGGCGGCCGUCGGCGUGGCCAUGGUGCUGGUGCUGCUGGUGGCCAUCCCGCUGCUGGUGCACAGCUCCAAGGCGGCCGCCCACUACGAGAUGCUGGGCAGCUGCCGCAUGGUUUGCGACCCCUACCCCGAGCUGCCUCCCGCCUCCCCCCUCCCUUCCUACCGGGGGCAAAAGGAGAACCGGGGCGCAAAGGGCGUGCUGGCGUUGGGGCCCCCCGGACCACCGGGACCGCGGGGACCGCCGGGUGAACCGGGUCGACCGGGACCACCGGGACCUCCAGGGCCGGGUCCUGGGGGGUACAUCCCCUCCUUCUACAGCCCCAAGAUUGCGUUCUAUGCGGGCCUGCGGAAGCCCCACGAGGGCUACGAGGUGCUGCGCUUCGACGACGUGGUGACCAACGUGGGCAACUACUACGAACCAUCGAGUGGCAAAUUCACCUGCCCGCUCCCCGGCAUCUACUUCUUCACCUACCACGUCCUCAUGCGCGGCGGCGACGGCACCAGCAUGUGGGCUGACCUCAUGAAGAAUGGGCAG